AUGGCAGCAUCACCUGACGACCCACAAAUAUAUUCAAAUUAUGCUGUGGAUAUUACCAAGAAUUUAAUAUUAUGUGAAGCUAUUGUGGACGAUUAUUUAGUGAUGUAUUAUACCAUAGUUAAUGGAACUAUAACUGAUAAACAUAUCUGUCAAAGCAAUAUACAAGAACUAAUUAAGCGUGCUCAAUCAUAUGAAAACUUAUUUACAGCCAUCGGAAAACAUUUUGAAGUUAAAUUAGAACGAUUAUUAUGA